AACCUACAAGAAAAAAAAACCUGGGUUUUUGUAAGUUUUGGUUGACGGUUUCGAAGAAAAUGCUUUCAUUUUGAGUACUCUAUUAUAACUUUCUCUUUGUUGUGUCUCCGUUUACUACUCAUAGUUUUGUGUAACGAAAACGAAGAAAAACUAUCAUUGUCAGCGUAUUAUAAGUGUUUUGUUGUACGAAACGUGAUUCCUGUUUUCUUGCAUAUUUUUGUGGGGAGAUAUCUUGUUUGAUUGCUUUCUUUUCUUCGGUUUGGGGUGGACUGGACUUCAGGGCUGUAAACAAAUAAAAGAGUUAUUUGAAAGUACGAUGAAUCCAAAUCAUCACUACAACGAGGAGGAAGAAAACCAUACGGCUAUGGAAAUUGAUAAGCCUACUACCAUCAAGGAAGAGAGAAAAGAAACGGACUCUGAAAUACAGUUGCAAUCUUCUCAGGCCAUAAAUGGAAAUGAUGCAGCGACUUCCAAACGUCGAAGAUUGCUUUCGUCUGACCUGAAAGUAGACUUUGAUUUGGGACAACUUAAGAUUUUGGAAAAGCCUGCUGCUUUGGAAGAAAAACGAGGAAUCAUUAAGUUUCGUGUGGUAGCAAAUGACGGUAAUCCUGAAAGCUUUAUUAUGUUGACAGGUCUAAAAAAUAUCUUCAUGAAGCAAUUACCUAAAAUGCCAAAGGAAUAUAUUACAAGACUUAUUUACGACAGAAAUCACCUGUCCAUGACCAUCGUGAAAGAUAACUUGCACGUUGUGGGUGGCAUCACCUACCGUCCCUUUGAGCAACGUCAAUUUGCCGAAAUUGUUUUUUGUGCGAUUGCUUCUACUGAACAGGUACGAGGUUAUGGCUCACAUUUAAUGAAUCAUUUAAAAGAUUACGUUCGUGGAACUUCCAAAGUCCAGCAUUUCCUCACAUAUGCCGAUAACUAUGCCAUUGGUUAUUUUAAAAAGCAAGGAUUUACCAAAGAAAUCACCUUGCCGAAAGAAAUAUGGAUGGGCUAUAUAAAAGAUUACGAAGGUGGUACUUUGAUGCAGUGUACCAUGCUCCCAAAGAUUAAAUACUUGGAAGCGAAUGUAAUUUUAGCUAUUCAAAAAGCAGCUGUUAUUUCAAAAAUCAACAAACUCACUCGCUCCAACAUCGUUUAUCCCGGACUGGAAGUAUUCAAGAACGGACCCGCACAUAUCGAACCAAACCAAGUUCCAGGUUUGAUGGAAGUCGGAUGGUGCAAGGAAAUGGAGGAACUUGCCAAACAACCAAAGCCCAAGCCAUUCUUCGCCGUAUUAGAAAUGCUUUUUACUGAAAUGCAAAACCAUCCUUCCUCUUGGCCGUUUGCUCAACCUGUGAACAGAGAAGAUGUUCCCGAUUACUACGAAGUCAUUGAGCAUCCAGUGGAUUUAUCUACUAUGGAGUAUCGACUUCAUAAUAACCAGUAUGAAUCUGUUGAAGAAUUCAUUCGAGACGCAAAGUUAAUAUUUAAUAAUUGCCGACAAUAUAAUGAUCCAAGCACUACUUAUUACAAAAACGCCGACCGCCUUGAAAAGUUUUUCCAAAAAAAACUUUUGGAAACAGAGUACUCUCAUUUGGCCGAUUAAGAAUUCUUGGUCCUCUUCCUUUGAAAUUUAAAUCAAAAUGAUUAACCUAAUUUAUAUAGUCUCUUUUUAUUUCUGGCAUUUAAUAUAUAAUAAUUUCCGUUCA